ACCUCUAGAGAAGCAACCUGUUGGUGACGUCACUUUAUGCAACCGGCCACUUGAUCCAUCCGGAGUGGAAAAAGAACUCAGAAUAUCGCAGAACGCGGCCGAGCUAGAACGUGGUUACCCGGAAUCGGACUACGAAAACUCGCGGCCGUAUUUAUAAACAAAUCGAUGUGAGGUGAAGUGGCGGCAGUGUUUUGUUGUGGUGAUUAUCAUGGAUGCACAGAUUAGGAUCAGCUGAUUUUUGGAUUUUCGAGUAGGAUGGACGAGGUGUCCACUCCGAUCAUCUCCACAAAUGUCACAGACAACGAAGGCGACUUUUGGGCUGACAUCCUCGAUGAAGACUCCCCAAUACCUCUGGACGCCAGCGAGGGUGGUUUUUUUUCCGGUAAUUUCGUUCCGCCGCCUCCAAGGCCUCUGUUUCUUGACGACUCCGUCACUCCAGACGGUCUCACAACCUGUGAUCUCUGUUCCUGGGCGUGGCAGAAAGGAAAUGGGGCUUACGUCUUGGAUACCUCCAAAGAAACAUCCGGAGAACUUGGUUGGGUUCUAACUCUAGUUAUAGUAUCACUUACCUCAGCACUGGUAGGUGCUAUAGUUAUGAUCAUAGUUCUACACUGUAAAAGAAUGAAGGGAUCCGUUGAAAGCGAAACUGAACGAGGAGUAUCUUUGAAUCAAAGGAUGACUAGCCAACGACCUCCGAUCAGUACACCGGAGGACAAAGAAAUCAGUACAAUCACCUCUCCAAGCUUUCCACAUUUGCCAAAUGCCCAGAAUGCCAACAAUGGAGUUUGGUCAUGGUUAUCUAGGAGAAGCACAAACUCUCCGUCUCAGUUAAAUACGCCUCCAGCUCUUCCAGCUGAAAACCAUUACACCCAUAUGGAAGAUGGUUACAAUAGUGUAGGAGAAGCCCUGUAUGCCGAGCUAGAUAGAGAGAGCUCUACUGAAGGAAACGACAGAGACAGUAACAGCCCAGCUUACCAAAACUCGGCUUAUACAGAUCCGGACGCUCCAACGUCUAGUGCUCCCAGUAGUGCUUACUAUUCGGAUUUAUCCACAACCACAGUGCCCGAGAGGGCAUACGAAGUGGUUGGACUUGUAACCAUGCCUUCUUCGACUUGGGACCAGAGUAACGGAAAUAGUGAAGUACGGAGGCCAGUUCAAAGGCUAGCAGCGAUUAGUGAAAAUGUCUCUGUUCCAUCAGAUUACGUUUGAUUUUUUAGAAACCAACACAUUAAUACUGAAAAAGCUUUAUUUCACCCAUCGAUGGGGAACUUAAUUCCUAUGUAAGGCUCUCUAAUUUAUAGAAAAUAUAUUCAAAUUGUUUGGUCGCCAACUUAGAAGGAAAUUACCUACAGUAGCUUACAAUUUGUAGCAGGACUCACUCUCUAUCUAAUGAAAAUUCACAAUAUCUCUGUUGAAUCUUUCAACUGAUUUCGAAUCGUUUAUAGGUUAGUGUACUUCUAUUAUCAAACCUGAAAUUUACAAUUUGACAGAGAAAAUCAGAACAUAUUAACGGCACUUCUACAAUCUGGCAAUAACGCAUUUGUUGAUUCCUCGCAAUUCGUGAUUAUUAUCCGUGGAUCAUUUGAUAUUUGUUUACUGUUAAGGUGCAUUUAGUGUUGGUCCAAUUACUUUCGAGUGUAACCAAAACUGUAAUAGAAAGUGCAGUUUGAGAAGAAAUAUUGAGAUGAUUCUCCAGAACCUUCUUUCUCAAUAUUCCUAUUCCUGUUCAUCUACAACAUUUCCUAGUAUAUUUCAAAAUGCUUUAUAUAAUAAAUAGGGCAAAAUAAUCAAUGUAAUCAAUAAACUGGACAGUCAUUCCACUACAAAUCCCCCAUACAAAUCCCCCCUGGGAUCAAAUUGUUAAAAGGUUUGAUAUACAGGCAGUUUUAGACAAAACCGUCAAUUGAUAGUGGUUCAAAAUGGAUACAAAUCGGGGAUGGUCAGAAAGUCUAGUAAAGUUUUUAUAAAUUCACAUCCUAUGACUGGGAUCUUUCUCAUACAAAAAAAUGGAACAGAGUAGAUGAAUGAAAUCUAUAGUGAACGUUUUACAAAAAUAGAAUCAGGAUCACGAUUCUCCGAAACGUAUAUAUUGAAGUUACACCAAACUACUCUUUUCAAACUACUUUUUUUUCCGAAUUAUGAUUCAUUUCCAUUUCAAAAGACUUCAACAAUAUACGCCUUCUAGUCAAGCGAUAUGGUAAAUGAACUGUUGUUAAAAAUUGUGUUAGUCCUAUGGUCAUGUGAAUUUUAAAUUUCAAAUAGCCCCCCAGAAAAUUGUGAAAGAAGGGCCGUUCAAGUAAUACGUGAACAUAUUCAUUACAAUUAUUUACCCCCCACCCCUUUGGCAGCAUAAGUAAGCAAAUAUCUUCCUCCCUCCUCCAAUGCUUGCAUAAACAUUGUAAGUCCUUGUCGGACUUUGCUUGUAACUCAUUAUUAAGCCACACCUCGUUAACUAACUUAUGUACAUUUUAUACUUCAGUAUUUGUAUGAGAUUUUUCAAAGUUUCGAAUAAUUUUUGGAAUAACUUGGAUUUGUCUAAGUUUGCCCAGUGUGUCAACGGUAACAUAAACAUUAACGUGGUUUGUUUUGCUUUGCUUACAAUACGUCAAAUCGUACGGAAAAGAAACAAUAGAUUGGCAAAAGAAAUUUAGACAAGCAAAUAGCGCGCGGUAAUUCCCCUGCUCGGUUCUAAGCGGGUACCUAAAUGUAAGCAUUAUUUGUGGGAAUCCCCAAAAUUGCUUUUAAUUUUCAAACAGACAAUGCGUGGAUUACCAUUUGUGUAAAAAUGUAAAUAACCACCACCAUCUAGAUCCCCGUCCCCCAUGUCAUCAAAAAUAAGCAAAGCAAAGAGCCCCCGCCCCCCUAUAGUGCUUAUGUAAUACUUGAAGGUCCCCAAACUUGGUAUUUACUUUUUUGAUUUAUGUAUUUCCUCCUAAGUUAUAGAUCAGGCACUUUGGAAGGAACCUGUAGAAAAUUUAUUGUGAUUGAUGAACUCACUCAUAUAUAUAGCGUAUGAGUGUUCUAUGUACAGAGUGGCGAAAGUGUCAUAUACAGGGUUAAUUGUAAAUAUUGUACAAAUACUAGAAUAAUUUAACCAGUAUAUAGAAUCAUGCAUUCCUUUGAAAAAGUAUUUUUGUGCAAAUUGUCUAGUUACAAUAAUAACUGUAAUGGUGGUAUUAUUACUUCCAAGAAAAUAUACAACACUCCACCAUUUCUAAAUCAGAGCCUAGAAUUAAAAUUUUUAUAUUUUUAUAAAACGCUGUUGUAUUAUUUAUUGUAUAUAAAUAAUUGAAUACUCCUUUUCAAAAGGUGGGUUAUAUUUAAGUAUUCAGUGCAUCAUUAUUCCAAAACAUAAAUGUCAGAUGCACUUCAAUUGUGUGAUAUAAAUAUAGCUCGGAAUCAAAUAAUAAGUAACACAAGAAAAAUAUUCCUAUUCGUGAUGUAUAACAUCCAGUGCCUUAUUUCAUCAUCAAUUUCAUAUCUCAGUUCAACUGAAGAGUGUAAAAGAACUGGUGAAUUGAUUAAAAGAUGUUCAAUUCAUUUUGCAUCAAAUACUGUUACAAAUCUGUUUUGAAUAAAAUACAUUUUGUAUGCUA